AUGACUGACCGCAACACAGAUGCCAAUCCUACGGAAUACAACUACUUGAAGUCGCGGCUAUCUCCAGAGCAAUUUCAGGCGAGCAUUGACUUUUAUGAAGCCGAUAGCAAGUUGACCCCAGAAGACAGGUUGAAGCUAAAGCAAGAAUUACAAUCGGUUCUUGUAUCCAACAAUCUUAUUGGCUACUCAGCUGGUAUGAUUGGACUUAUCACGCCUACUAUAUACUACAAAUUAAUCAAGAAACAAACGCCUUCGAAACUUUCAUUUAUCCAGAAACCGUUCUUGUCAUUUUUCCUUGGUCUUGCCAACAUGAUGGUUGUUAGUACAAUUGUACAGCGGAAAAGUUUCAAUGACAAAAUCACUAGUGGUGAGCUUAAUGGGCCGCAGUUGGAUGCUUGGAAACACAUGGAAUGGCACAACGUUGGCGCUUUUUAUUAUUACUACUUGAAAUCAUCAAAGGAUCCGAAAUACAAAUUACAAGAUCCAAGAACAGUGACGGUUGACCCCAAAGCAAGAAGAAUAAUUGAACCAAGUCCAGAUAAGGUGAGCUUUGAUCCACAAGUUUACAAAGAGAAGGAAUAUCAUCAGAGAGAUGGUGGUGCAAAUUUUGUCAAUAGUGUUGGUCUUAAUGACCAUCACAAUUUGUCCCAUUGGGACAAGAUUAGAUUGGCCAAUGGGUUUGACGUGACUGAAGACGAAGAACCGAAACUGCCACAAGCGCAGCCUUUUGGUGGUAGUUAUAAUGGAGACGUUUCAGUGCAUGACCCACAAGAAUCGUCUACACAAAUAUCAGCAUGGGACAGAAUCAGAGGUGGUAAGUAG